GACGGGCCUUAGAGGCACGAGCCAUGGUUUGAGGAAGCAGUCAACAGCGACGCAAUUCAUGUUCACCUCCACUGCCGUAAUGUCCGUCAACCAUGCCCCCUCGACCACACGCUUGGUUCAGCCAGAUGACCCGCUAGUCUGGAUUGACUGUGAGAUGACCGGUCUUGACCCGGAAAAUGAUGCGAUCAUUGAGAUAUACUGCAUCGUCACCAAUGGCCAACUGGAGCUACUCGACGAGUCUGGGUGGGGCACGGUCGUGCACCAGACAAGUGAGAGGAUGGGCAGAAUGGACGAGUGGUGCACCCGUGUCCAUGGUGAGAGUGGCCUCACUGCGGCCGUCGUUAAGUCAACCGUAACGCCUCAACAGGCAGCCGAUGGUCUCUUGGCCUACAUACAAGAGUAUAUUCCCGAGAGAAGUAUAGCACUUCUCGCGGGGAACAGCGUGCAUGCCGACCAGGCGUUUCUUAGAAAAAGCCCGUACAAUAAGAUACUCGACCACUUGCACUAUCGUAUCCUGGAUGUCAGCAGCAUCAAGGAGGCCGCACGGAGAUGGUGCCCGCAGACUGCCUCGGCGGUGCCCCGCAAAAAGGGGUUACAUAAGGCGAAGGACGACAUACUCGAGAGCAUCAAAGAGGCCAAGUAUUAUAGGUCGGCCAUUUUCAAACCUGCUGAGUCUUGAGCUGAACCCUGCUCCCUAUGUCGGCUGUUGGGAAUAUCAUGGAUUUUACGGAGUAAGCUUGGCCCAACCUCGCCGCCCUUACCAGGCCAGCUCCCGCAGUUCGACAAUACACCCACUACGUCUUCACAUCCGGCUCGUCCCGACCGAUGAACUCCUUGAACUUUAGGAGCUCCGUCGCCAUAUUGAUCUCGGGCCUCAGGAAGUCCUGUGCAUCCAUGCCAUACGUGGCUGGGUCGCUGCUGUGUUGUUCAAUGUACAGGCGAAU